AUGCAAAAUAUUACGGCAGACUAGCCGGAAGGAGUAAAUUCUUUUUGAGACGCAUAAACACCCAUAUAUUUUAUGUGUUUACUAUAAUAUGUAGAGUUCAGUAGUUUAUUUCUGCCAUGUCAGUGGACGUCGUAAAGCCGGUGUUACAGGAAUGACGCAAAGAGGGGUUUAAUUACAGUCGAGGUUCAUUUAUUUAGUUUGAAGUAUACAGUACGCACUCUUUCUGAACGGAAGGACGAGACGGGAAGUUGUCACACGGCUCUGGCACCGGCAGAGCAGAUAGUUUGUUUUCCUUUUCUCCGCUGUAGGUGGAUUGAUUUUUUUUUUUUCUCGUUUUAAGAGAGGAGAAAGAUGGUUUGUGAGAAGUGUGAAAAGAAACUCGGCCGUGUCAUCACUCCGGAUACAUGGAAAGAUGGAGCCAGAAACACAACAGAAAGUGGUGGCCGCAAGCUGAAUGAAAACAAGGCGCUUACUUCAAAAAAAGGAAGGUUUGACCCCUAUGGAAAGUCCAGAUUUGCGAUCUGCAGGAUUUGUAAAAGCUCAGUCCACCAGCCUGGUUCAAACUAUUGUCAAGGGUGUGCCUACAAAAAAGGCAUCUGUGCAAUGUGUGGCAAGAAGGUUUUGGAAACCAAAAACUACAAGCAGACCUCAGUGUAGUCAAUCCAUCAAAUUGUUUAUGAAAGGAGUUACGGGGAUUGCACUGGUCCAGCACUGGUUAUUCUAGAGACAGAGCUGCAUUGAGCUGGUUCUUGCAUGCUGGGCUUGCUCAUGGAAAACAGACGCUCAAAGCCAUGAAGAACCACUACAGACAAAGCUGUCUCCGCAGUGUAUUUUUUAAAGCCUUGUUUCUAUAUUCAAAGGUAGUUCUCUUCUGCUCUUUGAAUCCAAAUGUAAAAUUAGCUUUACUUUAGGCCAUACUUAAAUAUAUCCUGUAAAACAGCAAUAUACACAAGUUGAUGACAGCGGCUCUCUAGUGGGUGGGAUGGUAUCUAUCAAUAUAAUAAUCCUUUCAUAUCUGUAAUAGUGAUCAUGCUUUAUUCAUUACAAAUUACAUAUUGUUUUAUUACAGUUAAGUGUAAUGGUUACAAUUGCAAUGUAACUGGGUUUCUAUAAAUAUUUUUUGCUAUCUGUAGUUCUGUAAUUUUUUAGUGAUUACUGACUUACAAGACUGUUAAUGUAUAAGGACUUAUCAGUUUAAGUUGUGCUACUAAGAUAAAAACUCGUUUGUAAUAAAAGCUUUUAAAGGGAAGAUAGUUGAUCUGGAAAAUAAAAUAAUUUAACUUAAAAGUUG